UAGCAGCGCUGCUAUCUUCCCACAGGAGCACUGGGAGGACGCUGGAGUCUGCAGCGCCCCCGCCCCCUCGCUUUUUCUUUCUUUCCCUGCUUUGGGAUCUUGCUGUCUGGAGCCGGGAGAGGUUCCGAGAAGAAAGCUAGGGGCGCGAGCGCAGGUUUCUGCCGCGGCACGCGAACAGAGCUAGGGGAGCAGCAUUCUUGGUGUCCACUCGGGAUCGCAGCUGCACUGACCGACAUGUGACGAGCCCCUCGCAUCAUCUGCCACCGCCUCCAAAAGGGUCCCAGAGCGCUCCCCGAGGCCGGCAUCCGGAGCCGCUUUGCCAGCAGCGGUGCGGGACGGGAGCGGUUAGCACACCGGCUCACAGGUUCCUGGACCGCACUCUAGGAAGAGCGCAGCGGAGACCACCGCCUCGCUCGCACUCGCCACAACUCCGGGGCCGGCAGAGCGCUGCUGGACCGCGUCCAGAUUCCCGCCGACUUCAACCACAGUGACCCACAGCUCCAGCCCGUCCCUCUGCACCGCCUAGAGUUCCAGAUUAACCGGAAUCUGCGCCGACCCGCACGCCCAGGUCCCCGCAACGCCCCGGGCCGGAUGGAGAGCGCGUCUACCGCUGCUCCCUAACAGCUGACUCCUGCCGUCCGAGCCACACACCGAGAUCCCUCCUACUACACGGAGGCUAGUCCUUGUUGGGGGCGUGGGGGGGGGGGUGCCCUAGACGCUGGAGAGCGCGCACCAUGAAGUCGGCGCUGUGCAGCCGCUUCUUCAUCCUCCUGCCCUGGAUCCUGAUCGUCAUCAUCAUGCUGGACGUGGAUCCCCGCAGGCCCGCGCCCCAACUCACUUCGCGCCCCUACUUCUCUCCCCACACAGUGGGCUGCGGGGGCUCCCGAGUUCCUCUCCGACGGAGCAGCCUAGGGCGUGACGCUCCCGAGAAGCGCAACGAGUCCCGGUCUCCGCUGCAGCCGGAGCCGCGGUUGCCCACCAUCUAUGCCAUCACGCCCACCUACAGCCGCCCAGUGCAGAAAGCCGAGCUGACCCGCCUGGCCAACACGUUCCGCCAGGUGGCGCAGCUGCACUGGAUCCUGGUGGAGGAUCGAGCCACACGCAGCGAGCUGGUGAGCAGCUUCCUAGCGCGGGCCGGGUUGCCCAACACGCACCUGCACGUGCCCACGCCGCGGCGCUACAAGCGACCGUGGCUGCCGCGCGCCACCGAACAACGCAACGCGGGCCUCGCCUGGCUGCGCCAGAGGCACCAGCACCAGAGCGCGCAGCCUGGAGUGCUUUUCUUCGCCGACGACGACAACACCUACAGUCUGGAGCUCUUCCAGGAGAUGAGGACCACCCGCAAGGUUUCCGUCUGGCCUGUGGGCCUAGUUGGCGGGCGACGCUAUGAACGUCCACUGGUGAAAAACGGCAAAGUUGUUGGCUGGUACACCGGCUGGAGAGAAGACAGGCCUUUUGCUAUUGACAUGGCAGGAUUUGCUGUGAGUCUGCAAGUCAUCUUGUCCAAUCCUAAAGCUGUAUUUAAACGCCGUGGAUCCCAGCCAGGGAUGCAAGAAUCUGACUUUCUAAAGCAGAUAACAACAGUUGAAGAACUGGAACCAAAAGCUAGUAACUGCACCAAGGUUCUCGUGUGGCACACUCGGACAGAGAAGGUCAAUCUAGCCAAUGAGCCAAAGUACCACUUGGACACAGUGAACAUUGAGGUGUAG